CCCGUGGUAACCGACGAGCCAAGGCGGAAACGCGGCCACGAGUGGCUGUGUGGGUGGCUAAGCGAGAAGCACAACUCGCUUUGGCAAUGUGACUUGAUGGCGAUUUAAAAGCACCACCACCAACCAACAACCAACCAACAACAACAACAACUACCACAACAACCACAAACCAACAAGCACCACUCUCGCGGACUAAAGCGGAUGGAGAACGGCGGCUGGGAUCGGUGGCGAAGGAGGAGCGGGAGGAGGAGCCCUCAGUCCGAGACACCGGAGCGGGCGUCUGGGGCUGCCGUGGCACGAGUCCCGCCGCCCCCCCUGACCGCCGCUCGCUUGCGCGACCACGACAACACCUACAGCGAAGCCCAGGAGCUCCUCGCCGAUUGGCUGAGCAGCAAGCUCAAGCUGGAGCUGGAAGACGAUUGGCCGGACGAAGCGGAGGGUCACGGGAACGCGACGGAGCACGCUUACGUCCCGUUCGGUCGAGCGACGGGACGCGGGACAGCGGAGGGCCGAGCCCCCAAAAGCUUUGACGAGUACUUCGACCAGGUGGGGGCUGGUCUGGAGGAUGGUGCGGUGGAUGCCCUGGUGAAGGGGAUGCUGGAGAAGGAGGUGGUUCAGGUGAGCUUCCUCGACGAUUUGGGCCUUCAGGGCCACGGCGCUGGCAAGACGCGUGACCCCCGUCUCACCAUGGACCUCCGGCAUCAGAAGGUUCGGGAGGCGGCGGAGCGACGGGCGGCGGAGGGCCGGCUGCGACGGGCCGAAGCCUCGGACCGAGCCGCCGCGGACGCGGAGGCUCGGAGGUCCCUGGCGCGGGAGGACCGCGAGCGGGCGCUCGGGGCGGAGCGCGAGGAGGCGGAGAUCCGCAGGGAAGCCGCCCGGCUCCGCUCCGCCCUCCGGCAGCGGCGGCAGCAGCAGCAGCAGCAGGAGGAGGAGCGGCGGAGAGCCGAGCACGAGCGGAGGUCGAGGGAGCGGCAGGAGCGGAGGCGAGGAUCCGGCGCGCGCGAAACGACAGAGAAUCGGUCGCGGAGGGCCCUGGAGCGAGCGGCCCGCGACCGGGAGCGGCUGCGCGGGCAGAGGGAGCUGCAGGCCCGGCUCCACGCCGAGAGGCUUAAGUGCCUGUCUCGCUGCUUCUCGGCUUGGUACCGCCUGGCGCUGGAGCGGCGUCUAGCGCUGGGCAAGGCGCUGGCGUUGGCCGACUGGCGCCGCCGCCUGCGGGCGUUUGGGGCAUGGAGGUCCCGGGCGAGGGCGCGGAGGGCGCGCAGGGAGACUGGGUGCGCUCGCAGCGACCUCCGGGAGGAGCACAGGAAAACCUUGGCGGCCGAGGAGAGCCACCGUCUCCGCACGCUGGGCUCCCGCCUGGCCGCCUGGCGCGGGUGGGCCCGUCGCGAGAGGGAGGGCCGCGAGCUGGCCCGCCGGCGUGACGAGACGCGCCGCAAGAUGGAGGCGCUGCUGCGGGCGGCCGCUGACGGGGCGCUGACGCGGCCCGAGGAUCGGGCGGCCCGGGAGGGGCACGCGGAGCGGCGUGGCGCGCGGGAGGGAACGCGAACUCAGCGAAAGCGGCGCAUCAAUCGUUGCGGGGCCCCGCGUCUCCCCGCCGGCGACGGGCGACCUGGGGGCGUCUCCGAGGAGUGGCGACGCGGGGACCACUCGGGCCGGAGGCCGCCCGGGGGCCGCGACGAGGACGCCCCGGCCUUGGGCAGCGUCGUUUAG